UCGACAUGUGCGAUACGCGAAACGGUGAGAGGAAGUGCGGAAAAUCAAGAAUAAAACGUUCUUCCUUCGUGAAAAGUUCAAUUAUUUACGCUAUAUCCCGUAAAAAUUUCAAGAGUAACUAUCCAACGAAAUCUUAGUCAACUAAACUAUGAAACCAAGGAUUCAGUUGUGGCAAAUUGGAUUAAAUGCAAGUACAAGGCAGAUUACCCCAAUCGUUAAAUUUCGAAGAGAGGCAAACAAAUACAAUCUAAGGAUAAGAAGAAAUGUUGGCCACUCACAUAGGUACCUACCUUUCAUCGUACAUGCAGAAUCUUCUCGUGAAUUUGUCUCAGAGUGCAGAGAAAAAUGAAAAGAGGAAGCUGAUUUUACUGAAUGAUCUGACCCUUGAUUGGACAGCGAUUGCAGAAGUGACUGGAGAUGUUUUACUAGACAUAAACAUCUUACAGCAGCCAACAUCUUACUUCGAAAGGGCUUUAACAUUGGUUUGGCCUGUCUACCACCAAAUUCAUUCCGAAUUCCAAGAAGCUGACUGUAGUCGCCAAGGAGCAUUGCUUUCUCGGCUUCAUUGGACAGAACAGUCAGAUAACAUCAUCCGACUUCAUGAGCAAUAUUCUACUUCUAAGAGCAAUACAACCAAGAUGACUUUACUGUUGCUUCUAACCUCUGUCCUGGAACGAAGCCUUGGGAAUGUGUUAGCAGCAUCAGAUUUCCAAGUUCCAUUCUUAUUGCGAGAUCUUUUACAAACAGAGUACUUAAAAAGUUUCUUGGGUGCUGUCCCAUCAACUUUUAUUCAAUUAUUGGUUGGAACACCACGCAGUUUGAACUUGCGGAAUGUAUUAUGGCAUGGCUUUAUCCACCCAACGGAAAUUAGUGACUCAUUAGUUACGGUACUUAUUGUAGUACUUGCAUCAAUAGAAGCCUUACUAAACAGCAAAAGAUUUACUGUUAAUCACAGAAAAUGCUUCGACUUAUCCAAGUUUGAUGGUGUGCUCGAAGAAGACUCUGAUCGUUUAUUCCAAACCUCUGUUCUCCAAAAUCUUGUGGACACUACCAACAUAAUACCUCCAAAAUUUAAGUUAUCAUGGAUAGAUGCCUUGCGUUUGUGCGAUGACCUCAGGUAUGGAGAGUGUUGCCUUGUGCUUUUACCACAAAUUGAACUUCUUCUGAGGUGUGCUUUUUGUACUGUAAACAAUCUUCCGUCCCGGUUACUCACUGCUGAAGCAGAGACCUUGUACACAACCCUUGAUCAAAUUUUGGUUCCAAAAUUGACUGAUAAUGAAGAAAACAAACUCUAUUCAGUUUUAUCAGCAGAUGUGAUAACAAUGCUGAACGAUCUCCUCACCUUUCCUAACGGACCUCGAUUAAGGGACAAACUGAGUCAUGGUGAAGUUAGAGUUGAGGACAUAUCCAACCACUUAUGUCAUCAUUUCAUCAACGUUUUAGUGCAUGUCUUUAUGAAACUUCAAGACUUCUCAUCUCAAGACAUCCUGCAGAUCUGCUCUGUACAACACUCCAAUUCUGUCGACCAAGGAUUAUAUUAUCCAAAAUUUCACCUAAUAUCAGUUGUUAAGCGAUCAAUAGAUAAAUCCGUUUCAACGAUCAAGAGCUGGGAGUCCUCUCUUUUGCCAGAAAAACUGAAUGUUGAGUGUCUUUCUUUUGGAGUGGAACAAAAUUUAAACUCCUAUUUGCUAGCUGUGGAAAGGAGUAGAUACUCUGAAGAAACUAUACAGCCAUCUUUUCAACUGCUUGAUGACUUUCUGAAAUCAAGAGUAUUGUCGCACCAUUGCAGUAUUUUGAAGAAAUUCGAGUCGUUAAAGUACCUGAUGCAGAUUGCAGAUAAUUUGUUGGGAAUACAACUGAAUGUGCAAGAAAGUUUGGAAGAGAAGCAUGCUUCCCUCAGGGAAUUUGAGUUGCGUGAAAGAGGACGCAAAACAUUUGAAAAGAUUCUCCAAAUUUUACCUGUUUUGCGGCAGUGUCUUUUCGCAAUUUUAUAUUUGAUCAUUUGCAACUUUAUCGCUGCAGUUCUUGGUCAGGACACCUUGAAUCCUCUCAGGGAUAUAAAAGAUGUACUUUCGGCAGUGCAAAAAAUGUAUCACUUCACCAAUCGGAGAGUGAACAGAUGGUUGGAAAAUGUGAGAAUUUUGCAGACAAUGAUCAUCCCAGUUCUGAAGCGGUCCAUAACUGAAAACGUGCCUUUUGAAGCAUUUUUUAGGUAAUAAGAAUGACUGACGGAAAAUUUGUCCGACAAAAGAUUCUUAUUUGUGUUUCUUUAUCUUGAAUGUACUCAAAGCACACCAACUGCCAAUCCUGCCAAAAAUUUUGUCUCUAAUAUGGCGUAUGUUAGUGUUGCGCUUGCGCAUUGUGACACAAGUCUCAAUGAUUUGUGUUUCGAAAUCAACUGGCUCGUAUUGAUGGGUUGCAAGUUUUCAUCAUUGGACAUUGCACUGCCACCCAUGUAGCAAAAUUUAAAAGAUGAUUGCCAAUAUAUUGAUCAUUUAUUUAC